AUGUCAGACAUCUUACGCCUGCUCGCGCGAUCAACGUCGGUCUCGAAGGCCACAGCGCCUCCAAAACCAAAGCAAUCAGCUACACCGACACCUGUUGCUGAAGUAAAAUUAACAACUGCUGCCCGGAGAAGGGAGCAGAAACGAAGAGCUGCUGCAAAUGCUGCCAAUGGACCAACAGGGAGUCCAGUCACCUUAGUAGCCGCGCCUCCACAGGCCGAUGAACAACAAACCACAAAGAACGGCAAAGAAGGAAAGGAAAAGAGCAAGAAACGAAAGCGCGAUGAGGUGGAGGCAGUUGAUAAUAUUGUAUCGGUUCCAAAUGGUCCAAAUACACUGGAUCCCGCGGAGGUCAGGUCCUUAUUGAAGCAGCACAAACUGAAAUACACCAUCCUCGCGACACUAGGGUCCCGUAAGGAGCUACUAAAGGCAGCGCUGGAAAAGGGACAAGAGGACAGAACUGAGGCCGGAAGGGCUGCUUCAAAAAAUGCGACGACAAAGAAGAGUAAAAGGGUCAAAGAAGGCCAGGAGAAGGGGAAGAAAGAAGCUGGAAACGACGACAAUGAAGCUGCAGAACCGAAAACCCCAACAUCCACAAAGCUAGACCAGAUUUUCCCUACCCCGAUACAAACAUUCGAAGAACUACGUACAAACUAUAAUAUCUCGAAGCGGUUGUAUGAGAAUGUUAUGGUGCAGAACUUUGUUGCUCCUACAGAGGUACAGAUGGGAAGCUUACCUCUCCUCCUCGACGGAACUCGUCACUUAGUGCACGGUUUGGAGGAGUGUGGCCUAGAUUUGAUGACCAUCGCCCCGACAGGAUCCGGAAAAACAUUAGCAUAUGCAAUCCCGGCCAUCGAUCAUCUUAUCCGUACGAAACAUGAAGAGGGUGAUAGCUAUGAGAAGGGUAUUCGAGUAGUCGUUCUGUCGCCUACUCGAGAGUUAGCAGACCAAAUCGUCAACGAGUUUAGAAAGUUACUCUUAGGAACUGGUAUCAAGGUGGUCGGCAUGAAAAAGACCCUAAUACCUAAGGAGCGACGGAGGACAAGGGAUACCCUAAAUGAGAACGAGGAUGAGGAUGAGGACGAGGACGAGGACGAGGAUAUUGAAUCUAGUGAGGAUGAUAGCAAGGAGGACGACAGCGAUAUUGAAACAACCAAUGGGUCUGUUACCCGAUCGAAAAAGGGAAUCGCUGUGAAAUCCGAAAUCAUGGUGGCUACACCUCUCCUCCUUCUCCACGCAAUUCAACUCUGUCCGGAUCUCUUCCCAGUCUCUAAUGUGUCCCGAAUCAUCCUCGAUGAAGCUGACGUUCUUCUCGACGACUUGUUUCUAUCCCAAACAACCUCAAUCAUCUCCCACCUUACAUCCCCUUCCCUAUCAUUUUCAUUUUGGUCGGCGACAAUGCCUUCCAAUUCCGAAUCACUCGCCACAAAACUAAUAUCCUCCCAUUCGUCUGUUCUUAGCAGCAAUAAAACACGAAAACUUGUUAGAUUAAUUGCCGGAAUAAAGGACAGCUCUCUACCAACCAUCCGCCAAACGAUAACUUACACCGCCACAGAACGAGGCAAACUUACCGCCCUUCGCCAGCUCUUCAGCUCAUCUCUAAAAACACCAUGUUUGAUAUUUCUACAAACGAUACCUCGUGCCCAAGCACUACAUGCAGAAAUUAUGUACGAUCUACCAACCCCGAAUCGAAUAGCGGUGUUACAUUCGAACCUCUCAGAGACCGCGAGAUCAAAGGUCAUGGACUCAUUCCGAGCCGGUGAAAUUUGGGUGCUGAUCACUACGGACCUCUUAUCCCGUGGAGUGGACUUCCGGGGUGUGAAUCUUGUAAUCAAUUACGAUAUUCCCACUAGUGUGGCUAGUUAUAUCCAUCGCGUUGGAAGAACCGGUAGAGCCGGCAGGGAAGGCGGUAUGGCAAUUACAUAUUAUACCGAAGAGGAUGUUAAGUAUGUGAGGGGCAUCGUAGGUGUAAUGGAGAAGAGUGGGGGGGCAGAAGGCUUGCAAAAAUGGAUGUUAACUAGUCUACCAAAGACUACCAAGGAGGAUAAGAAGGAGUUGAAGAAGAAGGGAGUCAAGGAGAGAAGAGCGGGAGCAGGGACUGCGGACGGUAAGAAGAGCAGGAUCAGCACGAAGAGUGGGUACGAUAGGAAGAUUGAAAUGAGGAGAAAAGCAGCGGUAGACAUGAGCAAGAAGAGGGUGAUCAAAGGAAGCGAGGAGAGUGACGAGGAGAGUGAGAGCGAAUGGGAGGGGUUCGCGUAG